CAACGCCUUAGGCUUCAUUCACAAGGUUUAGAAGAAAAACCAAGGAGUGAGUGUGCUUAACGCGUCUGCAACUUCUUCGUCUGAGAUUUUCUCUUCGUUAGUACCAAUUCAGUUAUAUGUUAAAAUGAGUCGUCCACAUGAUGGGCAUCCACCUUUCUUUCCUUUUGGAAAUCCUUUCCGGAUGAUAUUUCCCAAGGGAUCUUACCUCUCUCCAAAGCUUCUGGCCCUGUUAGACUCCUUCGAGGAAACCUUGGCAGAAAGGCUGAAAAAGCUAAAGCUGAAGGGUCAGGGUGGCACCCUUAACUUAUCUUGGAUAAUACUGGCAAUGCAAUUACUUUCUGAAACACAUAUGGACAUCAAAGCCCUCAUUACUGAGCUUCAGUUCCCUGUUGCUGACUGGGAUGAAAAAUGGAUGGAUGUUUACUUGGAUGACAGUGUUAAGUUACUUGACAUUUGCAUUGCUUUUAGCUCUGAGCUUUCACAACUCAAUCAGCGACAGCUCUUGCUUCAAUGCGUUUUGCUUGUUUUGGAUGUAUCUACUUCUUUCCCAUCCAGUGAACAGUUUAUUCGUGCUCGUUCAUCUCUUGACGAUUGGAUGCAACAGAUGAGUUCCAGAAGCCCAAAACUUGAUAACUGUUCCACCAUCUUGCAUGAGCUUUCUGGCUCUCUUCAGCUUCCUAAGAUUAAGAAUUCAGCGAAAGGAAGUGUUCUAAUGCGGGCUUUGUAUGGGGUUAAGAUUGAGACAAUAUUUGUUUGUAGUGUCUUAACAGCAGCUUUCUCAGGAUCUGCAAAGCCAUUGAUGGAUUUGCAUGUUUCUGAGAAGUUCUUGUGGGCAGAGGCUUUUAAUGAAUUGCAAAACAAUGUUUAUGGGGAGAUCAGAAGCUUAGUUUCCAAGGAAGGUAACACACUAUUGAAAGAUCUGCAAGCGGUUGAAGCAAGUGUGAAGCAAUUGUAUCAAAUGACUUGUGAUGGCACAGACCCUCCAGAAUCAGAUAUGUUGAGUAAUUUAGUUUUGGACUUGGGGAAGUAUGUACAGAAUCUCUCACAAGGGCUAGAUCUUCUGUCAAAAGAAGUAGAAGGUUUCUUUCAGAUUGUUCUAACAGGGCGUGAUGCUUUACUUUGUAAUCUAAGAGUAGGCGGUUCUAAGUCUGACACAAGGCAAGAGAAUAUUGCUGAAAAGCAGGUCGUGAGAUGAUCUGAAAAGGCCAAGGUCACUCAUGUACACAUUGAAUGUCUCUUUUUUGAUUGAUUGGAGUCAACACUCUUUUAAUUGGGCACCACAAGAUUGUAUGUUGUGUGAUAUUGCUGGUUAUGUACUUGAAAAUGUGUAUUUCUACAUGUUAAUGAAAUGAUACAAGGUUUAUGCUGGUUGUGCAUUUUGUUC